AUACUUGACAGCUUGUCUUUCGUAGACAAUCGUCAGUCAUUUAAUAUUUAAUUAUAAUUAGAUAUUUUAUUGUAGUUCACUUUACAAUUAUUGAUAACAAGUUGAUUUUUUUAUGUUUUAAGUGCUAAUUUCAGAGUUCAAAAAUACUUGCAAAAUGGAUUUCAGACAUUUAACGGAAGCUGAUUGUGGACAACCCAAUUCACUAGCUCAAUUAACAACACACCUCACACAAGACAGGGCAUUUUCUGAUACUCAUGGCCAACUAUUCCCUAAUAGUUCGGCAGACCAAUUGGUCGAGCAAUUUUUACAAGAAACUAGAUCAUUACCACAAACCUUCAGAAUGGAUGGUUUAAUGAGAGAAAUGCAAGAAAUAGAAUCACAAAAGCUAGUAUUACCACCUGUCCCAGCAUCUGCUGUCAAAGAACAAAUUCAACAAGACAGUGCAUGGGCCCAACAAUACAUUGAAGAUGGAAAAGUAUUCAAUCCUAAUUUUGAUAACAGUGAAAUAUGGGCAGAGAUAUCCUCACAAGAACAGAAAAUUAUUGGCCACCACUUAGAAUCAAAAAAGUAUAAAAUUGGAUCUAGAAGUAAUGAAAUACAAGAGCAUAAUGAAGAUUUGAUAGAUGAUGUUAAUGAUCCAAAAUUUGUAUAUUCAAAGUUCAUGAGUUUUAUGCAAAAUGUCGAAGAUGGAGAAGAUAUAACUGUGGAGAAUUCUGGGAGAUUAACAGAAAGAGAUGCUGAAAUAUGGAGUGACGAAUUUUUGAAACAUGCCAUGGGCAGGACUAUGCCCGAAAUUUGGGCUGAUGAAUUAGCUUCAAAUGAAGAUGAUUAUAAUUCAAAUGUAUGGGGAAGUAUCCAAGAACAAAUAAGAAAUGUUGUAAAAACAGAUGAAGAUAAUUUACAAGAAAACUGGCUCACAGAAUUACAAGAUGAAACUUAUGAGCAUUACACAUUUAGUGAAGAAAAUCCUAUGUUUGAUAUAAAUAAUCCUUUAGAAAGAGGUAAACAGCUUCUAGAAGAAGGUGAUUUGCCUUCAGCCGUACUUUGUUUUGAGGCAGCGGUAAAAAAGUCACCUACAGAUACUGAAGCUUGGUUUUAUUUGGGAAGAACACAAGCAGAAAACGAGCAGGAUACCAAUGCUAUUCCAGCUUUGAAACAAUGUUUGAAACUUGAUACUAAUCAUCUUCCUGCCCUGAUGGCUUUAUCAGUGUCUUACACGAACGAAAAUUUGUAUAACCAAGCCUGCGAAACUUUGCUCUUCUGGCUGAAAAACAAUCCUAAGUACACUGAUUUGGUACCUCCUGAUUUCAAAUUAACUGGCAUGAAGAGUAAGAUGGUUCAAGAUAUUUUCAUAAAAGCUGCGCAGAGACAGCCUGUCAAUAUUGAUUACGAAGUACAGUGUGCUCUGGGUCUGCUUUUCAACUUAUCUGGUGAUUAUGAAAAAGCAGUAGACUGCUUCAAGGCGGCUCUUGCGGUAAAACCCAAUGAUGCACGCCUUUGGAACAAACUAGGAGCUACAUUAGCUAAUGGAUCACACCCUGAAGAAGCUGUAGAAGCAUAUCAUAGAGCUCUCAGUCUUGCACCUGGAUUCAUUAGAGCUAGAUAUAAUGUAGGAAUUACUUGUAUUAAUCUUAAUGCUUACAAGCAAGCAGCAGAACAUUUCAUGACAGCUCUGAACCAGCAGUCCAGAGGUAAGGAUGUUACAUCUUCUGGCGGAAUUUCACAAAUGUCUGAAACAAUCUGGUCCACCCUGAAAAUGUGUGUGGCUCUAAUGGAUAGAUCAGAUCUGAAACCUGCUGUAGAGGCUAGGGAUUUAACUACACUGAAUAAGGCCUUAGAUAUUAUAGAUGAACCAACUGCUUGAAUUUAGAUGUUUUUUUGUUUGGGAUUAAAUUGUAUACGUACUUGAAAUAAAAAUCGAUAUUCCAAUAUUUUCUUCGUUUCAAAUAAUAUGUAACUUAAUUAAGACAUCGUGUUUGAAACACAAAUGAAACGAAUUUAAUGUUUUCUUGUACUUCACAUUUAUAUUAGCAAAGUAGAAUUUUGUUAUUACUUUACAUGCAAAAAUUUUAUUCAUGGUUCCCAUUAACGUCAUUUAUUGUGAACGUGUAUAAUUUCUGUUGAUUUUUAUUAGUUUAUUUUAUCUUCAUUUUAAUAGACAAUAAAAAUUUUUUGAUGUUUUAGUAUAAAUAUGGGAUAUAUUUGUUGAUUUUCUUUCACACACUUUUCAUGAAUUUGUUCUGAAAUGUUUCAUUUUUUUUCUAUAAUUGAGCAUUUCACAAUUUUUAGCUUGUAUGCCAUUGAAAAAUGUAUAUGCGACAUAUCUCCAAAAUGGAGAUUUAUCGAAAAUAUCCUUAAUUUUAAAGAAAAGUAUAUUAAAACCAAGAAAAUAAAAAAAUUUGUUUGAAAGGGUAAAUAUAUGUUAUCAAUUACCCUUAUUUUAUAUCUUAAUGUGAAUUAUCUGUAAGGGUAAACUAAAAAGCAAUCAUGUAGUUGGUGUACGGAAUGAGAUUGCUUCCAUAUGAUUAGGAAAGAUGAAUCAUUUGGAUUUGGAAAGAUUUUGAAUAUAGAUUCAUAAAGUCAAGAACUCAUUUUCUUGUGAAUAGGUCUGAAAAAUGGACUAACGAGAGCUUUGAAAUGUUUGUAUUUCAGAUUAUGAUAUUAUUGUAUUAGAAAAAUUGAAAGGAUGGUGAUGAGUUGUAGAUUUGAAAAAUCUAAUAUAGUUAAGUAUUCAUUAUUUUUUGUAUUAAUAUUAUAAAAUUUUAAGCUUCUUAUGAAUACUUCUCAUUACCAUCCAAUUAAUUUUGGCAAAACUACCCUUGCUAUGAGUGCAAGGGUAGAUAAGAAGGAGGUGAUAAGAAUAAGAAAUCUAUUUUGAUUUUUAAAGUUUUUUAAGUGGAUUCACUUAUUUAAUUCAAUUCAGAAGAAUUUAUUGAGAUAUUAGGUUAAACAUCUUAUUAAACUUAAGGAUCCCUUUAUUUUGGCUAGUUAUAUGUAACUGUCUUGGUGCAUUAUCAAUAAUUUUUAUUCAUUAAUGUUAGUUACCAAGACCAAAAUUUUUUUAUUCAAAAAUUGAAAAGCUAUAAAAUCAUUUCUCAUUUAUUUUCUUCGAACAUUUUCUCUGUAAAAUCUACAUGACGUACUUCUAAUAAAAAUAAAAUUACAA